AUGAGUGAUUCGGACCCACUGUCCACCACACCCAAUCAAGACCUCCACUGCCCAUCUUUGUAUUACCCUUAUAGCAACCUUGGAGAAGGACGGGCCCACUUACUGCCCUCUAAACCUUGCCGUCCACGGUCAUCAAUACUGUCAUCCGACCUGUCACCCCCUCCCUUGCCUCAGAAGAACCUCGGCCGGACCCGUUCUCUUCCUACCUGCAAGACUGUUCAUUACUCCUACGGCUACAGUUCCCUUCCCAGUAGGGAACGUCAACCCGGUUCAGGCCAAACCUGGGGAAAACUGAGGAGACCCUUGCAGGAGUCUCGGAGCCUAGAAAACAUCCCAUAUGGCAGGGUGAGCCACUUUGGGCCAGACCCUCACCAGCUGUCCUUUGCCACCCCUGACUGGGAGCUGGGUCGUUUCUUCCAGGACUUGAGCAGCACCCAGGAGGUGUAUAAGGUGCUCAGAGGCCGCCAGCUAGAUUCCCUGCGCUGCAUAGAGACCCGACUUGGUGCUCGGCUGACGGGGCCAUGGCCUGGCAGGGGUGGGCCAGGCCAGGGCUUCCGCCUUCUAGAUAAUAAGCCUUGUGUGGAGAGUGGGGAUGCCUGGUACUACAGGGUGGCUCGGAUCACUGAGGACAUCUGGCACCUCCUGGCUGCCAAGGUCCCCAAGCCCUGGUCGAUGAUUCCUGAGCCCCCUGAUGCCGAGCCCCCCGGUUUGGCCCUCCAGGCCACACUCAAACCUCAUUUCAAUGUGCAGAGCCUGUGUGGCCAGCUGCCAGCAGGGGCACUACCAGGGGCACCAUGGCAAAGGUCAGUGGCACUGGUGGCUGAGGUGCCUACUCAGACGGUGGCUGAUUGGGUUGGCGCCAACAAGGAACUACACUGGAGCUGUCCAGGACAGUACGAACGCCAGGCUUGUCUCUUGUUGCUCCAGCUAUGUGGGGCCUUGAAACAGCUGCAUGUGGACAAUCUGGGCCAUGGGGACCUGAGGCCCGAGAACCUGCUUUUGGCAUCACCCCGGGGCCAGCCAACAGGGACCCUGCCCCAGCUACUUCUCACCAACUUUGCCAGGGCCCAGCCACUGGUGCCACAGAUGCUAGCACGACAAGAUGAGCUUCAGCUAGGCCUCCUUAUCUAUGAGAUUCUGGGCCAGGGCCCUGCCUUGGCCCAGGCCCGGGGGGCAUCCAUACCACCUCUGCCCAUCCGUUCGGCCUACUCAUUGGCUCUGGCCCGCUUAACCCCACAUCUGUUGCAGGCUGAGCCACACAGCCGUCCCUCUGUGGCACAGGUCCGAGUGGCCCUGCAAACGGUGCUAUGGGGGCCUGGACCUGAGCUCCUGACUCAAAGUCUCCCCUUGGGGCCCUGGCUAGACAUCCACCGGGCCUUGCUGCCACUGGAGCUGGCAGAACGGCUGGUGGGCAGUGGGGAGGCUGCAGGACUCGAAGAUUGGCUCUGCUGCCAAUAUCUGGCAGAGGCCUCCGAAUACAUGGUGGGCUGGGCUCUGGAGCUCCUAUGGGGGGAGCUGCCAGGUGCUGGGGAUUGA